AUGCAAUUCCGAUGGAAGACCGCAACGACUUUUGUUAAAGUCGUCUUCUACGAGGACAGGAACUUCCAGGGUCGCUCCUACGAGUGCAUGGGCGACUGCCCCGACAUGUCCUCCUACCUGAGCAGGUGCCACUCCUGCAGGGUGGAGAGAGGCUGCUUCAUGGUGUACGACCGCACCAACUACAUGGGCAACCAGUACUUCCUGAGGAGGGGCGAGUACGCUGACUACAUGAGCAUGAUGAGCAUGAGCGACACCAUCCGGUCCUGCCGCAUGAUUCCCAUGUACAGGGGAAACUACAGGAUGAGGAUCUACGAGAGGGAGAACUUCGGAGGCCAGAUGUACGAGAUGAUGGACGACUGCGACAACAUCAUGGACCGCUACCGCAUGUCCAACUGCAUGUCCUGCAACGUGAUGGACGGCCACUGGCUGAUGUACGAGCAGCCCCACUACAGAGGCAGGAUGAUGUACAUGAGGCCCGGCGAGUACAGGAGCUUCAUGAACAUGGGAAUGAGCGGCAUGAACUUCAUGAGCAUGAGGCGCAUCACUGACUCCUGCUACUAG